UUUCACAUAGGACAGUCAGGUGCAGCUCCAGGACACAACCUCACUCACAUCCUGUGUGUUACCCUCCUGUGUCUCUCAGGAAGCUGAGAUACAGGUCGCUGUUUGACGGGUUCCUAAUACUGCUGAGCCAGUGGUCUCCGGUGAUUUCCAUUCCCUGCAGAUCUGAUCAGGGUUCACGUCUUGGUCACACAUGGUUGUCGGAUGUCCUGGAACAUUCUUGGGGCAGCCAGAGCUUCAAAUCUGCCUGGAGUCAGCCAGUCGCAAAGCCAAGUCCAUGUCCCCUGAACGGAAGGAGGAUUGUGGAUGGGAGCCCCCCGUGGAGGAGCUGGAAGGAGACUCCAUGUCCUCGGAGGGAGGAAAGGUGGCUGACAGUACUACGGAUGAUGAGGAGACCAGCAGUACAGAAAGCUCACACACUCAGCGCGAGGAGUUAGCUGGAAAUCCGGUCCAGCGGCGACUGGAGGCCGAGCAGAUGAAGGUGAUGAGCAGAAUCUCGCAGCUGGAGCAGGAGAUCCGAGAGCUGCAGCUGCAGAGGCGAGAGCUGAAGAUCGAGGUGGAGAUGGAGGUGGCUCUGCUGGAGGGGGAGCUGAGGACGGAGAGGAAGGAGAUGGAGAAGGACCAGGAGACCAUACGACUCUUCCAAGAACAAUUGCGGGAGGCGGAGUGGCGGUGGCAGGAGGAGAAAGCGAAGGAUAAGCUACAAUUACAGAACGAGAAGAAGAAAGUGAGAGAACUGGAGCAGAAGAUAUCGGAGAGUCAAGCACAGCUGGAGAACCAGCCCGAGAGUUUACGCGAGCAGCUCAGGAAGAACAUCCAAGAGAUGACGGAGAUGAUGGAGAGCGCAGUCAAGUCCUUUGAAGACUUGGAGUUCCAGCAGCUGGAGAAGGAGAGCAGCCGAGAAGAGGAGAGGGAAGCCUCGUACAGACAGAUCUCACAGAGCCUAUCCCAGAAGCAGAACGAGCUGAACAGGAGGAAGGACAAAGUCCUUCGCCUGGAGGAGCAAGUGCGGAACGCAGAGGAGCAAGCGCAGGCGGAGAGGCUGAGAAUCAGCGAGGAGAACACUCGAGUCUUCCAGUCUCUGAAUAAGGAGAAGGAUCGCUUGUUGGCUCUUACUGCAUUGAGUGGGAAGACGUCCGACCAACAGGACGGGAAGGAGGGUUCCCUCAAAAAAGACUCUAACAUAUCGGAGCUCGCUCCAAAGCAUGAACCUCACAUGUCCAUGCGCAAAAUAAAAGGGCUCCAGAGAACCUCCAGCCUGCCCAGGAGAAGAGGAAAUGCUCCGUUUUUCCGUCAGUCUGACCGCCCAGUUUCGCUUCACGGCAACACGUGUCUGGAGGGCGCCGGCCUGGCUCUGCAUCUCGCCGUUUCCUCCAGCAGUUCUGGCGGUAAGAUUGCCUUAGCCAUCAGCCCGAAUCUUCAGAUCACAAGGAACCGCAAUCGUAUGGGUGAAGAAAGGAGAUCUUGUGGGGGGAGACUGCAGAACGGUGCGCCCAGGCUUCCGCUGACAUACAGACCCAUUCCUAAAAUAGCAGAGAUGGAACGUCAGCUACUAGAGGCCAUGGCAGAAAAAGAGCGCCUCCUGAAGGCCAGGGAGGAGAAGAGAACAGCGAAUGAAAUGACAAAACGUCUGGAAGCAGAGCAGAACCACGUGAAGGAGGAAGCUCCCGUCCCCAGCCCCCCCUUAGUGCAGGCGGCCAUACCGGAGACCACAGCAGAGCCGGCCCCCUUUGACCUCAGAUCGUACCUGGAGGCAUCAGGGCACAGUGUGGAGACCUGCCCGCAUGUGCGGGUCAGCGCCAUGUGCUGCAGGGGAUACCUGGUGAAGAUGGGCGGCCGCAUAAAGACCUGGAAGAAGCGGUGGUUUGUGUUUGACAGGCAGAAGAGGAGGCUGGCGUACUACGCAGACAAGGAAGAGCAGAAGCUGAAGGGGGUCAUCUACUUCCAGGCCAUAGAAGAGGUUUAUUAUGAUCACUUACGCAGCGCUUUCAAGAGCCCACACCCCAAGCUGACAUUUUGUUUGAAGACCUUCGAGCGUCUGUUUUGUAUGGUGGCACCGACCCCUGAGGCCAUGAGGAUGUGGAUGGAUGUCAUGGUCACGGCAGCUGAGGAGAACUCCCGGUACUGAGAACUUUUGGGACUUGUACCAAAGGAGAAGGGCAAGAAAAGACCAUAAAGCUCAGACUUGUUCUAGAAAGAAGGAACUUGUGAGAGAAAUAUGACUGACGCCACGGAAGGAAGAGAAAGAAAUGUCUCUUAGGAAACAUAUGACCGGACUGUGGAAGUCCUCCGGGGCAUCUGUGUCUAUACGUCCUUUCAUUCAUCUGCUCCUUUUUCCCAUGAACCAUUCUGGAUGUAAUGUCCAUUGUACUAAAGGCUCUCGGGGCCUGCUGGGCAUCUACGUAAGAUAUAUGUUAAAUACCGUAUACACCCAGUGAACAUACAUUCAUGAUCAAACAUGGCGAAUACCACUGUCUUCUACUUUAUUUUAUGGAUCUCUGAAAAUCCUGUGACUAACUUCAAAGAUCAGGAAGGGUUAAAAGACAUAGGACGGACAUUUUGAAGACUUGUGACAAUGCAGAUUUGUAAGAAACUGAGGUAAAAAUGUCUGCCCUGGCAUUACGGUGGAAUACGACGGUGUCUGAUCUCCUUGAUGGUUGCCAAGAACCAAUCGAAGACACAAGGAAUGGAAGAUUUUGGAGAAACUAUGGCAGAACUCAGGGCGAUGCAGCCUCGUCAAUGGUUCUGAAUUGUGGUUGGAUACUAUUGAAGCAGUCACCGGUUAUAGGGUUUAUGUACGUGUUUCUAGAAGGCCUGCCUUUGUUGGAAAUAAAUAAUAUAAUGUAGCAUGCAGGGGCCCACGUAGAAAGGGCCCCCAAAACAAGAAUCAGUGAAAUUUCCAUAUUGUGCAAUGUGUUUAAACCAAUUUUGCUGCUAGAAGACAUUUAUAAAUAAAGUUGGACAGUUGACAUAAAGCCUCAAGGGGCCUUGUUGCCCAUAGCAACCAAUCAGAAUUCAGCUUUCUUAUUCUACACUGCACUGGAAAAGUGAAACACAGAUUGUGAUUGGUUGCUGCAGCAAGAAGGGCCAGUGAGUGGGCUUGAACCUGGUCACCAUUUGAUUUGGUGUGACACCAAAAUGGGACAUAAUGGGGCAGAUAAGGGAGGACUGGCCUUGUUGCCCAUAGCAACCAAUCAGAGCUGAGCUUUCAUUCCUUAAACUGCUGUGGUAAAAUGAAAGCUGUGCUGUGAUUGGUUGCUACAGGCAACAAAUACAGGGUUUUUAAACAGUUUUGAUAUUUGAGGUUUAAUGAUUUAUUACUAAUUGUCUAAAAGACAAGCUGGCCUUGCUGCCCAUAGCAACCAAUCAGAGCUCAGCUUUUAUUCUUAAUCGGUUCUGUAAGGAAAAAAAGCUCUUCUGUGACUGGUCGUUAAUGGCGAAUGGCCAAUUCUACUUUUAGUCAGCUGUGAUAAAUCUGCCCCGUGUUAUUUCAUGUCUACCUGUUGCCUGUAUACGGUGACAGCAGCCAUUUUGUGCCCCAGAUGACAAUAUGGCCGCCUAAUGAGCAGUGUGAACCUAGGGACAAAAGGCAGCCAUUUUAUGGACUGAAUCAAGACAACAAAAUGGCUGCCACUCAAAAAAGGCAAUAGGCACAUUAUGUUUCGGGGAAGAGCUCUUAAAGGGGUUUUCUGAGAUUUUGUUAACUACUUUGAGCGCAGGUGCUUUCUCAAACAGCCGUUCGGCAGGACACCCACUGAUCUGUUAAAGAAUCUCGGAAAACCCCAUUAAUUCUGUCCUAUUUGUGCGAGAACGGGUCUCUUAUGAUGGAACACAGAUGUAAAUUAGUAGCAUGUCAAGGUUGUAUAUAUUUUUGUGUUUUUUUUGUGAUAUAUUAAAAAUAUUACUUUAAAAAAUUCUCAGAAAUCCACAAACUUUUUGUCUGACAGAUGAAGGUAGCACGCGACUGUUGUGUCCAUCUUCCAUAGGAAGGAUGGAAAUUGGUUACGCCACACUGCAACUUUACUACAAAAAUUUUAAAAUUUCCUAGAGGUGGGUGGUGGAGAUUGCAGGAUCUCUGGUCACUUCCAUUCCUCAUGUAACGGUGAAGGACUCGCCUCCUCCAUGUCGGUGUGAUAUAGACGGUGGGCAUCUGAUUAGUGAUGCCCUCCACACCAGCUCUUGUGACCAGUCAGAUGCCCUCCUUCCCUUCUCCUUCUCCAGUUUCCGGCACACAUCUGGUAGGAUUGUAGACUUGUAUAAAGUUUGUAUAUUUGGGGAACAUUUUUCUGGUUUAUGGGUCAUUAUUACAUUUAUUUAUUGUACUAGUCCUGAAUAAAAGAUGUCGGAAUAUGUGACGAAAA